UCAAUCCUGACGUCAUGUGCUUCUUACGUGAACGAGAGCCAGGCAGACCGUAUUACACGCUCCCGUCUCGUGUUAGUGCGGGCAGAAUGGUAACGUCUCGACUUUAUUAUAACAACCGAUUAUUAUUUACCGUUUCUACUAACUCGUAUAAGACAUGGACAUCCUGUAGAAUCAUCAGAACAAAAGUGCCCCGGAGAAGGACCGUUUUAAAGGGUACUCUAAGCAAGAGAGUUCAGGAGGAUUAACGUUACGCAAAGUACCGCUGCCGGAGACAUUGAGUCUUACAUAAAACGAAUGGGCCUCGGUCAUGAAUCUGCUUCAUUCGACAGAGAUCAAGAAACUUAUCAUCAGCACUGAAGUAGAUGUGUGUAAAUCAGCUAUCGACUUUUUUUCGACGGUCGCUCGUCAGCUUCGUGUUUCGAGACUCGUAACGUUAUGUGAUUUCAUAUUUUGAAGACAUUUAAACAUUGCCCUCGUUAGAUGUGUUAUGAUAAUAUCGUUAACGUUAGAUGUGUUAUGUGGGCCUCUUGUUUUGUCAGAGGUUAGACAGGAUUUUUUUUUCGCUUUACCGGGAAAUGUACCGUAAAGUCAUUUAGAUGAUUUGGUGGGCCUAGCCGUGGUGAAUGGGAAAUGAAUAGUGUAGGUUAUAUAAACAUUUAGCCUUUGGUCUCAUUGUUAUAGAUUUCUGCCAAUAUUCCGAUCGUGCUACGUUAAAUGUGUCUUUAUUUUGAAGGAACUAAAAAUAGGACUAUAAUUGGUUAUUUGUAACCUGUAUUCUUAAAAAACUUUAAACUAGAGCCCUGCACGUUGCAUUUUAUGCGGUGUAGCAGACAAUGGACGCAGGGAUUCAAAACAACGCAGAACAUUAUGUGCACGACCUCUCCAGCCCGACCGCAACGGGAUUGUGUGCGGAAAUGCUCGGGGUUGCGGACGAAGCUUGUCGGGCUGGAGACUUUGAUCUGGCCGCGGAUAUCUAUACUUCUCAGCUCGCCGAGCUCGAGCACACCGACCGUGGCCUCUGCCUGCGGAAAGCUGACGCGCUAGCCCGUGGGGGACGCAUAUCCGAUGCGCUGGACUCGUAUUGCAUCGCUGCAAACCUCCAGGCACUGAGACCUGAUGAACUGCAAAUUUUAGUUGAAGUUAUAGCGCAUACGAUCCAUACAAAUAAAGAGCAGAGUGACAGUAAGACAAUAAGCGUGGGCUCUACCUCAAAUAGCAGUUUUUUUGAGAGUGACGAGAUGGAAGAAGAGCAGAACUUAGACUUGUUUUCAUGCCGCCUUUGCAAGAGCUUAUUGAUGGAGCCGAUGUCUUUGGUGUGUGGACACACUUUCUGUAAGCGCUGUCUGGAAGAUGACCUGGCAAAAGAGUGCAGAAGCUGCAGUUUAAAAACCAACAAUUCACCCAGGCAGUUUACUAUGGACGGACUCAGAGUAAAUGUCAUUAUCAGUGGCUUGAUUGGAAAAUGGUUCAACUCGGAAAGCAGGGCGAGACGAUACUGGUCGGAAGGGGAAUGUCUUUGGAAAAAAAUGGACUUAACCAACGCAGUACUGAAGUUAAACACGGCGAUUGAUCUAGAGCCCUGUGAAUGUCGGCUACUGGCUAGGCGGGCAGAGCUGUUUAUGGAAAUGAAAAAUUUUGGUCAAGCCAUCAAGGAUGGGGACGCCAUGUGCCGAAUCCGUCCCCUGUGGCCAAAGGCUCACUACAUUAAGGCUUCAGCGUUCAGGAGCGCUGGCCGCAAUGAAGAGGCUCUGCAAGAGUAUUUCUGCUGUUUGGCUCUUAAAUCUGACUGGAUUGCUGUAAAACUGGAGGCCCAAAAGAUCCUGAGUCACAUGAUCUCUUCAGUCUUUGUGACUGAUGGUCUGGUCACGUCCAUGCAGACCCUUCCAGGUGGACUCUCCUCUCAUAUCAAACCUUCAUUCCUCCUCAGCUCUCUUCACUCUUCUCCCCUUAGAGAUCAAGCCGAAGAAGGCUGCUCCAAGGAACCAAAACUCAGUUGCAGCAAGUUCAAAGAUGGGAACUCUUCUAUUUUACCAAGAUAUGAAAAUGUGAACUCUGGCAUCUCUUCACCUUUUGUUCAACCAGUCCUAAAAAGAAAAUGGACAGUAGAUACUAAGGUCUUUGAGCCACCAAACAAACAGCUUAAAGAAGAUAAUGUAUCUUCAUGUAAAACUCUCCCUACUUUUUCUGGGGAGAGGCAAGUUCCAUCACAGCUCUUGGACAGUGCAGACUUUGAAUGCUCUCUCUGUAUGAGACUGUUUUAUGAGCCUGUCACCACACCCUGUGGACACACGUUCUGCCUCAAGUGUUUAGAACGCUGCUUGGACCACUGCCCUAACUGUCCUCUGUGCAAGGAGAACCUCUCUGAGUAUUUGGCCACUAGAGCAUACAACAAAACUCUUAUAAUGGAAGAGUUAUUGCAGCGCUACUUUUGUGAUGAGCUAUCAGAAAGGCAAAAAGUACAUGAAGAGGAGUUGAAAGAAUUGUCAAACUUGAACCAGGAAGUGCCCAUCUUUGUUUGCACCAUGGCAUUUCCUACCAUUCCCUGCCCACUGCAUGUUUUUGAGCCUCGAUACAGGCUUAUGAUUCGCAGAUCUAUGGAAACUGGAACGAAACAGUUUGGCAUGUGCAUUGCUGAUGAACUGAAAGGGUUUGCAGACCAUGGCUGCAUGCUGGAGGUGAGGGAUGUCAAGUUUUUUCCUGAUGGGCGCUCUGUAGUGGACACCAUAGGCAUUGCGCGCUUCAAAGUGCUCAGUCAUGGCCAGAGAGAUGGAUACCACACAGCCAAUAUUGAAUAUUUGGAGGAUGAGAAGGUUGAAGGAGAGGAGUUGACAGAGCUCCUGAAGCUGCAUGACUCUGUGUAUGAUCAGGCCUUGGGUUGGUUCACCACCCUUAAAGAUGAUAUGAAGAACCAAAUCAUCAGCCACUUUGGGCAGCUUCCUGUCAAAGACUCUGAUCCACAGGGUAAUCCCAAUGGCCCUGCAUGGUGUUGGUGGCUGUUGGCUGUGUUGCCACUGGAAAACAAAGCCCAGCUGACCAUCCUUGCCAUGAACUCUCUUAAGGAUCGGCUGGUCGCCAUCCGCAGGGUCCUAAUUUUUGUAACUCGCAAGCGGCCUCGAUGAUAGAUGUGUUCUUGGUCUAAAUAUGUUUAUCAAAAUUAACCUAUAGCUCGGGAAUGCUGAUUCAGGCUGGGGUCACUGAGGUUUCUUCAACUGGCUAUCUUGGUCCGUCAUUGCAGCACGCAGCCUUCACCAAUUAGUCACCUGGGACAUUGUUCAAUAAAAAUAUUUGUAUUCUUAAUAGGUUAAUUUAGGCUCAUCAGUUAGUAUUGGUGGUUUAAGUUGUAGUCAUUGCUAUGAGAGAGAUCAUUAUUGCUGCCCUACAUUUGGAAGUUCUCAUUUAGUUCAGUUGCAGUCAAAUCGUUUACCAGUUUAACUAUAGCAAACAUGAAGACAGUGGGAACUUUGUUUUUUCUUAAGCACCUUCGGUCCUUUGAAAAUACCACCUCUGUUUUAUGGUGAGAUGGUGUGUACGACUGACCAAAUGUUUCCCAUGGGCUUGCAAUUAUCAAUAUGGGCCUUAUUGAAAAAAAUCCAUGUGCUUCAUAUUGUAAAAGAUGAUUAAAGGAAAACAUAUUAUUUAAUAUGACGUUCUGUAACCCUGCUUUCUCUGUAUCUUUUGUUUCUUAUAUACAUUUAGAUGCCUAGGUCAUUCAGAAACUUUGAAUUCAGUCAGAAAUGGCAACGCCCUGCUGAUGUCCAUUCAGUUUUCCACUUUUUAAUUUAAAAGGCUGCACUCUCCAACCUUGAAUACAGCCUUAAUGAUAUUCAGUAACAACCACAGGUGUGUUUUUAUAUUUAAAGUGUCUAUUUGUGAUUUUUGUCUUGAAUUUAAUCUUAAUUGGAAAAAAUAAAAAAACAAAAUAACAUAUCAGAAUGAGUAAAUUGUAAACUGGAGCCAAAUUGUGUAAAGUCCUUCUGUAAAACAUGUUUGAACAAGCACUGUUUUAAUGUGUAUACGGCGUGCAAUGUGUGGAUGGGUGGCUUAUGGCUAUAUAACAGUCUUUAUAGACAAUAGGAGGCCUUUGAACGUUCAAACAGCUUUUUUUUUCCUUUUCUUUUUUUUCUUUAUUCCUCAUUCUUCUUGUCUCUGUGAUAUGCAUGUCUUGUGUAUGUCCGUUAUCAACUUUUAUUGUUCAAAUUACUACUUAAAUGCUGUAUUUUUAUUUUUAUUGUGUAAAUUUGUAAAUCAAUGUGAAAUAA